AUGCCUUCGCAAAGAAUUAAAUACGUUCUGGCUCAUUUAUCGCGCAAGGAACACAUCGCGCUAUUAGCGCGUCCCAACUGGAGAAGAUAUCGCAGAACUGAUCCGAAUGUCCUGGCGCGUCCUUUUACAGUUCCGCGCGCGGUUCGCAGGAGCCGCGCCUCGAGGCGCAUCCGGGUUAUGGCGCAACCGAAAUUCGUAACCAAGAAAUACGAUCCCGCAGCGGUGCCGCCCCCUUACCCGCGCAUUCACCCGAAGACGCUCGCGGCGAGGAGCAGCAAGCGUAUCGUCGAUCUGGCAUUACCCAAGAGAAGACUUCUACUGGAGACGAUGAAAUUGGCAACUACCAAAAACAUGAAGGCAACCGUGAACGAUCUGCUGGUGAAGGUUCGAAAGUCGCGGUACCAGCGGUAUCGCGUAUUCUGUAACGCGCGUCAAGAACGAGAAGCGAGGAAAAAGAGAAAACGAAUGGCGAAACUGCGCAGAGCUCUCACAAAACCGGAAGACUGGCAAAAGUACAUUAAAUGGGCUGCGCCCAAAGUCGCUGCGAAACCUAAAAGAAGGAAACCCAAGAAGUGGAGGCCGGUCAACUUGGAGCGAGUGUACUUCUUAGCGUUACCAACGAUCAAGCACGAGCCCAGGCUGAGGGACCCUUUCGAGGUGUCACCGCGCGCGCUUACCUAUCGCAUCACCAAGCGAGUGGAGAAACUCGCGACUCGAAAGAAAGAUCCGGAGAUCCCACUGCGAAUACCAGGCGCCGUUUCGCCCGCCGCGACGAAAGCUAUUGCUUCCGAGAGAAUAAUCGCUCUGGCGAAGCCCGCCCAGCGUCCGGCGGGCAGAGAAACGGAUCUUCGAGAGGAUGCCUUCACCGUGUCGCCGGCAGCGUUAAAGGCGAGAUGCUCCAAGCGUCUGAAAAGUCUCGCCCAACCGAAGACCUACCCGAAACCUACCUUCAAGAGAUUGAGAACUGCGCUCAAACGAUGA